AUGAAUCAAGAUAAUAAUAAUUUGGAAAAUGAAAAUUAUUCUAACAAUGCCACAAAUACUGAUGGACCAAACUUGGAAAAUCAACAAAAUGGCGAAACGAACAUUAGAUUUGAUCAUAUAAAAUCAAAUGGAUGUAUCAAUGAACAAACAUGUUACGAAAAUAAAAAUAUAUCUUCAAAUAUAUCUUCAAAUAUAUCUUCAAAUAUAUCUUCAAAUAUAUCUUCAUUAGCUAAUCAAAAUAAUGGACAAAGUGUCGAAAAUAAUACAAGUCAAAACAUAAAUCAUAAUCCCAAUGCUAACUUUAAUAAUUUUUUUUCCCAAUCAGAAAAAGAAGUAACUUUUUAUAAUAACCCUCAAACGAAAAAUGAAGAAAAUAAAAAUGGAGAGAAUCAAAAUGGAGAGAAUCAAAAUGGAGAGAAUCAAAAUGGAGAGAAUCAAAAUGGAGAGAAUCAAAAUGGAGAGAAUCAAAAUGGGGAGAAUCAAAAUGGGGAGAAUAAAAAUGGGGAGAAUCAAAAUGGGGAGAAUAAAAAUGGAGAGAAUAAAAAUGGGGAGAAUAAAAAUGGAGAGAAUAAAAAUGGAGAGAAUAAAAAUGGAGAAAAAGAGAAAAUUUUAAUGAGGCCAACAAAUACAGUUUUAAGAAACAUUGUUACAAAAAAAUCAGCUAAUAUAAAAAAUAGCAUUCAUAAUAUUUUUUUUUCAAAUAUUAGUUCUAUGACAUUUGAUCCUUGCAUAGAAUCUGCUGACAAGUCAGGCGAUACUAACAAUUGCAAUGAAAAUUGUAAUGAAAAUUGCAAUGAAAAUUGUAAAAAUGGCUGUAAAAAUGGUUUUAGCGGUGACAGUGGGCAGGGAAGCUUCGUGUGCGAUUCUACAAAGGAGGGUGUGGAUAAUCAAACAAAUAAUACAGCGAAAGAUGAAUUAAACUAUAUUUAUAAAAUUUUAAACUUAGGAUGUAUAUCAUCAGAAAAAGUCGAAGUAACUGAAAAAGGAAAAGAAAUAAAACGAAUAUACAAUGAAAUUAUUAAUCUAUAUAAACAGAAAUGUGAAAAUGAUCCACUAACAUUAGAAGAAUGUUUAUUAAAUAUCCAAUCAAAUAAAACCUUAAUUGAACUUUUAUUUUUUAUUUUGAAGAAUCAUAAAAUCAUAAAUAAUAAAUAUUAUCAACAAUCUUAUCAUAUUAAAAAUGACAAAAUAAAUUCAAAUAUGUUAAAUUAUGAAACAGUUACAAAUAUUCAAAAAGAAUGGAGAAAUAAUAAUGAACCAUUUAUCGAACAUACACAAAUAAAUUCUGAUAAAAAUAAUAAUUUUUCAAUUUUAGAAAAUAAUACUAAUAUUAAUAAAAGCUUAUAUAAUAAUUAUGAUGAAAAAGAAAAUCUAAAUGAAUUAUAUAAAUGUGUUAGUUGUGAGCAAGUGUGUAUGCAUGUAUAUUAUAUAUUAAGACCUAAUAAUAUAAAAAAUAUAUCAUAUAGUGUUUUAGAUAAAUGUAUAUGGUGUAGUAAUUGUUAUAAUUCUUCUAAAUAUCCAAAUAUUUUAAAUAGUUCUAAUUUUAUUAAAGUUAAUGUUCCAUAUACAUUUUCUGAAACACAAUGGAGUGCUUAUGAAAUUGAAAAAUUAAUUGAUGGUGUUUGUAAAUACAAAAAUAAUUGGGAUGAAAUUAGUAAAUAUGUUAAAACUAAAACACCAUAUGAUUGUAUAUAUAAAUUUAUUUCUAUGCCACUAUCAAAUCCGUAUUUUGAUAUAGAUAAUGCACUUAACAUUAACAGUAUGCCAUUUCAAUCUUAUAAACAAAAUAAUAAUCUUCUCUCUCUGCUUUCAUUUAUAUGUAAUUAUAUUAGCCCAUAUAUCGGCGCUUAUGCUGCCAAAAAAAUUGUUGACAUUAUUUUGAAGAAGCAAAAAGACUCUCAAAUAAGCCAAGCGAAUAAUGCGGAAAAUGGCGAAAAAGAUGAAAAUAAUGAAAAUAAUCAAAAUUGUGAAAAUAACCAAAAAAAUGAAAAUAAUCAAAAUUGUGAAAAAAAUGAAAAUUGUGAAAAAGGUAACAACCCUGAACAAGCUAACGAAAUGGCAGGUGAUGAAAAUGUUAACAUGGAUAAUAAUAGCGGUAAUAAUAAUAGUGGCAAUAAUAAUGGUGGCAAUAAUAAUAGCGGUAAUAAUAAUAGCGGUAAUAAUAAUGGUGACAAUAAUAAUGGUGAAAAGGAUACUCUCCCAUCUACUUAUAUUUUAAAAGAAAAAGACAUGCAAGAAAUUCAUGAUACUAUUAUCAACGCUUCAAAAAAAAGAGCUAAACAGCUAGCUGAUCUGGAAAAACAUAAUAUUAAAAAAUUAUUAAGAGAACUAGCCAUUAUAAAUACUAAAAAAGUUAAAUUAAAGUUGAAACAAUAUCAAUAUAUUCAAAAUUAUUUUGAAAUACAAAAUCAGUUGAUGGAAAAAAAACUAUCCCACAUAGGAGAUAAGGACACAGGAGUAUAA